AUGCCGUCGACUCACGAUCUGGCUAGCGCGCCUACAGAUGUUACUUCACGUCAUUCUGUAACAGGUGAAUCAGCGUCUGGUGCUUCCUCAGAUUCUUCAUCUUGUCCUUUCACUGAUCAGAUCAGCCAUUUUGAAGACCCUGUUCUUAAAGCAAUCAAGGCAGCAUGCAGCCUCGCGUGUCCCGUUCACCUGGAGGCUGUCUUGUUUGAGUCUUUGAUGCAAGAGGCUUCUCUGCUACAAGUCAAGACUAUUGGCCAUAUUCCACGCUCUGUUCGUCCUGUUCUUGCGGAAGUUCUUGCCACAGAAUUCAGGAAUGCCACAUACCAUGGUUUAUGGGGCUAUGCUCGUCUUCACAUGUUCCCUAAAGCUGUUUUGAGAUGCCCACCAAGAAGCGGACGGAAGAAACGUGUUUUUGUCAAAUCCUUGUUAUUAUCCCGUCUAGAACGGUGGACUUCUGGUGAUAUUCAGUCUCUUUGGUUUGAGGCUAGACUGAAUGCUGAUUGUAAACAGUCUUCUAAUUGCAAGUCUUCGCCUGUAGAUCAGAUUAAUCGAAAACGGGCGCUUGCUUAUGCCAGAGAAGGUCGUUACAGAGAUGCCAUGCGGUGCCUUGGCUCUCUGGGUACAGCCAGCCCUCAUGACAGCAAGGUUCUUGAAGAAAUCUAUCAACGCCACCCAGAGCAUGUCUUGCCAACUGUUUCUGGUGAUAUCCCUCCUUCACUAUCUGUCAGUAUGGAUUCAGUUCUGGCUUCACUUCAAGCUUUUCCUCGAGCAUCCAGCCCUGGUGCUUCUCAACUGAAGUCUCAGCAUUUGUUUGAUGCUAUUCUUGGUACUACAACUCCUUCAGCCAAGCAGUGUUUGGAGAACUUGACCUGUUUCGUAAAUUUUCUUUUGUCUGGUCGUGCUGACCCUAGGAUAGCCCCUUGGUUAUGUGGAGCACGUCUCACUGCUCUAUUGAAGAAGCAUGGUGGUGUCCGCCCUAUAGCUGUCGGUGAGGUCCUACGUCGACUUGUCAGCCGUCUGUGCUGUUCUGCUGUGAAAGAGGACUUACCUGACACCUUUUUGUCUUAUGGUCAGGUUGGUGUUGGUGUCCCAGGAGGUUUAGACGCUGCUGUGCACACACUAUCAGCUUGUAUUGCUCGAUAUGGAUCUGAUCCCAACUUGUUUUGCCUAAAAAUUGAUAUGAAAAAUGCCUUUAAUGAAUGCUCUCGAGCUUCUUUUUUGGUGUUACCAUUGUGA